GCACAGUAUAUAAAAGAAAUUGAGAGAGAUGAAAAGUUCAAGUAAAGGUUCUUCUUCUGCUAGUGCAGCAGCAAUUGAUAGGAAAACUAUUGAAAAGAAUAGAAGAAUCCAUAUGAAAUCUCUUUGUUUCAAACUUGUCUCUCUAAUCCCUCCUACUACUAGUACUGACCACCAAAACCAUUCCUCCAAGAAGGAUAUACCACAGACAGAUCUGAUAGAUCAAGCAGCUAAUUACAUACAAGAACAGAGAAAGAGAAUAGAUAAACUGAAGAGAAAGAAAGAUUUAUUAACAACAACGUGGUUGCCAGAGUACUACAAGGACUUUGACAGUAAUACUUUGGAAGUAGUUUUGAUAACCGGGAUGAACGAACAUUUCAUGUAUUAUCAACUAAUUACUGUCCUUGAAGAAGAAGGAGCUGAAGUGGUCAAUGCUAGUUUUGCUACUGUUAAUGACAAGAUUUUCUAUACAGUUCAUUCUCAGGUUAGAGCUGGAGUAGAGACUCCAAGGAUAUCUGAUAGAUUGAAGAAAUUAGUUUCUUAA